AUGAAGAUGGCGCCGCAUGUGCUGCUGCUGUUCUCUCUUUGCUCCGUCUCUGCUGUCCAGCUGGAGAACCUAGAGAAGUUGGAGAGGCCAGGCAACAAGACGAGUGUCGCAGAUGGCUUGGCGGGGAUGGAGGAUCUCCUCGUUUCAGCGUUCCGCACGAAUUCCGACCCGAGCGUGGAGACUUUGGUGACGAAGAUGUCGGAGAUGAUCCAAAAAAUGAAGCCCCCGCUUUUGCAGAACGUUCAGAACAUCCAGGACAGCUUGGAUACCUCGGCGGCGAACGUGGCAAAGUGCAGCCAGAAUGAGCACACGACGAAGUCGCAGGAUUUGAAAAACGACUUCAACAGCAAGAGCCAGCUGCACUCUCAGUGCCGCUCAUCCGAGAAGACCAAACUGGACGAGAAGACUGCCUGUGCGGCUGACAUCAAGACGCUCACCGAGAGCAAGGACACGACCUGCGGAGCCUUGGCGGCCUUGGAGAAGAGCAUCUACAGCUACGGCGCCUCGAUCAGCGUCCAGAACGGUGAGACGUUUAAGCCUUUCCACAGUCGUCUCAUUCAAGCCUCUCAGCAGAAACUGGCGGAGUGGGAGACCGCUGACGCUCAGUGCACCGACGCCACCACGAAGCUCACAGCGAGGACCACUGAAUGCGCCAACGCCGAUACGGACUACACGAGCCAGAAGGCGCACUGCGACAGCGUGCAGGAUGCCAUGGACGGCUUUUCGUGCUCUUACCUCGAGGCCCAAUCUUCGAAGUGUGAGACCAUGGACACUUGCUUCGAGCAGCAAACAAGCAACCACCAGAACAUCCUUUCCACCGGCCAGACCCAGUUGGAGUCGAUGCGCAAGGAGUGGCGUGGCUUCCUACGCAUGGAGUGUCUCAUCAAAGCCUUUUUCGUGGCAGAGGCGGACCGCCCCGCAGCCAUUGACAAGUGCCAGGCCAUCGACACCAAAGCGCAGGCCUCCGCCGAUCUGAAGCUCGUCGAGCCCACAUUGGCCACCAAGCCCAGCUGCCCUGUACCAACGGAUGCUGCAGGCACUGCCGGCUACCGCUCUGCACAGUACGACAGCCUCCCCGCCGAGGCUCCCGCCAAGGAGUGUGUGGCCAGCUGCUGUGGCAGUGGCUCCACGGAGGUGGUUGUCGAGUACCUGAUUGUUGCAGGCGGCGGUGGCGGAGGAUCGGGCGGUGGAGGAGCCGGAGGUGUCAUCAUGGGCACACAGACGCUGGACACGAGCAAGGUCGUGACGGUUGUGGUGGGUGAUGGUGGAAUCUCUGGUGCCGGCGGCUACGGGGCCGCAACUGGUGUCGCCACUGCAGGGGGCGACUCUCAGCUUGGAGAUCUCAUUGCCAAAGGAGGAGGCCAGGGCGCCGGAGGUUCUCAGAUUGAACAACCUGGAGCCAGCGGAGGCUCUGGUGGUGGCGGAGGCUUUGAUCGUCUCAAUGUCGCACGAAGCUCCGGCGUUGCAGGCCAAGGCCAUGGCGGAGGCCGCUCGAAUCUGCCCGGCUAUGGUGCCGGCGGCGGUGGAGGUGGUGCCGGUGCGGCUGGGCAGGAUGCCCCUAAGAAGCACUACGGCGGAAAGGGAGGAGAUGGCGUCUCCUCGGACAUCACUGGAACAUUGAAGUGGUACGGAGGAGGCGGAGGCGGCGGUGUGAACGAAAAUGGCAACCACAAAGUCGAUGGCGCCGGAGGAGCUGGCGGCAAGGGUGGAGGAGGAAGGGGGAGUGACUUUGGGUCUGUGUCCUGGGCCAACUGGCACAAGUUUACGGGAACAGAUGGAGAAGCCAACACGGGAGGUGGUGGCGGCGGCACCGAUCCCGAAAGCAGGGUGGCCGGCAAAGGUGGCUCGGGCAUCGUGGUGGUCCGGUACAAGAGCGCAACCCCUGUGAUGACUGGCGGGACCAUCACUUCAUUUGGCGGAUAUCAGAUUCACACCUUCUCGGCCGUCGGAGCGAGCACCUUGAAGUACCAGUAG